AUGUUGAAUAUGAAGUUUCAGGAAGAAAUUGACAUUGAAGAAGAUCAACUGGAGUCUAAAUCUGCGACUUCCCUCCCUGUUUUAUGCAUAGAGCAUGGGAGUGCGAUCUUGAAGUUCUCUGAAGUUUUUGGUGUACAGGAGCCUGUAAGAAAAGCCAAGACAGAUCACCAUAAGCGGCCAGUGAGUAAAGAUGUCCGGAUCACAAACAUCUCUGACAUUGUUGAAGAUGACGAGGAAGUAUUUCUAAGGUGUGCUAUUCAAGAUGUCUCAUCUUUGAAGCAUAUCAAGAUGAAUGAAGAUUUUGUUGAGAGUGACAGUGAUGAGUUAAUUUCUAGUGAUACUUUUGGGUUCAAAGAUUCGUGCCUUUCUGAACAACCAAUGAAGGAAGCACACAAAGAUUUCCCUACUGCUCAACAAGCUCCAGUUUGUCCUGAUGUUUAUCCACUUGAGCACGAAGACUGGGAAAAUGGUAUCAUUUGGGGCAAUUCACCAGCAAGUGAAAGUCGGUCUUGUUUAAAAAGCUGUGUAAUAUCUGAAGAGAGCUCUGAUACUCACAGUGAAGACGAGGCUAAGGAUUAUGGUUAUGUGUCCAGGUAUUGUGAUGUACAGAGUAGAAAUAAUGAUUCUCCAGAGUCUUUUGGAUAUACAGAAAUGCCUGCUUCAGCUAGUUAUCAUUCCCCUGAGAAUAGUUACCCUCCAUUGACAAAGGAGACAAGUCCGGAGAAGAAUGACCUAGACCAUACAGAACCAAAUAACAUAAAUGGAACAGUUAAAAUCGUUACAAUGAAGUGUUUAAGCAACCUCUCUCUACUGAACAAGGAACUGUUGGAAGGAUCUUGGUUGGACAACAUAAUUUGGGAUCACAGUGAGGAUGCUCCUAAGCCUAAGCUAAUCAUGGACCUGAAAGAUGACCAGAUGCUUUUUGAGAUUUUAGAUGAAGAGAACAGGGAUCACCUCCGCUCUCAUGCUUUUGCAAUGAUUGUUAGUCGGUCAGUGAGGACUUCAACAGUGGAAAAUUUUGGCCAUAACAACCAAAUAGUUACAUUCGAUGGCCAAUUCAACAUCUCCAAUGACAAAUUUUAUUCCAACAAGGAGAUUUCACAGCAAGCUAAAUCUCAUACUAAAAAGCGUUCUUCAAUGGGCAUAAAGGUGGUACACUCUGUUCCUGCUCAGAAGCUGCAGACCAUGAAGCUAAACCUGAGCAUUGAUGAAAUUGCAAACUUCCAUAGACCAAGAGCUAAGUGGUACCCCCAUGAAAAUAAACUUGCUGUUGAGUUGCAAGGAGCUGCUUGUAGUCAUGGGUCAAUGACUGUUAUAGUAAUGACUUUGGCAGGAAAAGGAGUGAAACUUCUCGUCAAUGCAGACAAAACUCCACUAUCAGUAAAAUCAAAAGCUUCCAAGAAAUUAGAAUUCCGACCAUCUGAAAAGAUCAAAUUGUUUGGUUCUGGAAAAGAGCUUCAGGAUGACAUUUCCUUGGCCAUGCAAAACGUGCGGCCAAACUCUAUUCUGCAUGUUGUUCGCACUGAAGUACAUCUAUGGCCGAAAGCGCAGAGGUUACCUGGCAAGGACAAGGCCCUACGUCCUCCAGGGGCAUUCAGGAAAAGAGCUGACUUGUCCGUUAAGGAUGGACAUGUAUUUUUGAUGGAAUACUGCGAGGAGAGACCUUUACUACUCGCAAAUGCAGGAAUGGGUGCUCGACUCUGUACGUACUACCAGAAAACUUCACCUGAUGAUCAGACAGCUACAUCCCUGCGAAGCAACAAUGAUGGACUGGGCACAGUGCUUGCUAUUGAGCCUGCUGAUAAAUCUCCUUUCCUGGGAGAUGUACGCUCUGGGUCCCAUCAAUCAUGUCUUGAGACAAACAUGUACAGAGCACCUGCAUUUCCUCAUAAGGUGGCAUCGACUGAUUAUCUUUUAGUUCGUUCGCCAAAAGGGAUGCUUUCUCUUCGCCGCAUUGACAAGCUAUAUGCUGUUGGCCAACAAGAACCACAUAUGGAAGUAUUUUCACCACGACCGAAAAAUCUGCAGAAUUAUCUUUUGAAUCGAAUACUCGUAUAUGUAUAUCGUGAAUUCCGUGUUAGGGAGAGGCCUGGUGUUCUUUCUCAGAUUCGAGCUGAUGAAAUACCUAUUGAGCAUCCUCUGACAGAAGUUAUUGUGAGAAAAGGAUUGAAGCAUUGUGCAGACCUGGAGAAAGGACCCAAUGGACAUCUUUUCUGGACACAGAGAGCUGACUUUCGAAUUCCGUCAGAGGAUGAACUUAGAAGAUUGUUGUCACCAGAAAGUGUCUGCUGUCAUGAGAGUAUGCAAGCUGCUCAGCAUCGUCUCAAGCAUUUAGGAAUCCACAAGCUUACUCAGCCUGUGGGACUGGCUUCCGCAAUGGAUCAGCUUCCCGAUAAGGCAAUUGAGCUUGCUGCUGCAGCACAUAUUGAGAGGGAAUUGCAAAUCACUAGCUGGAACCUUACCAGUAAUUUUGUUGCUUGUAUGAACCAGGACAGAGAAAGUAUAGAAAGGCUAGAAAUCUCUGGUAUUGGUGAUCCAUCUGGCCGUGGGCUAGGAUUUAGCUAUGUGCGAGUAAAUCCUGUCUCCAAUUUACCUCAUAAGAAAAAGCCGGCUGCAGCCAAAGGCACCACUGUUACUGGGACGGAUGCUGAUCUUCGCAGGUUGAGCAUGGAUGCUGCCCGAGAGUUGCUUCUCAAGUUUGGCGUUCCAGACGAACAAAUUGAUAAAUUAACAAGGUGGCAUCGAAUUGCUAUGGUGAGGAAGCUUUCAAGUGAGCAAGCAGCGUCAGGAAUUAUGAUUGAUGAAAUUCCAGUUAGCAAGUUUGCACGUGGACAAAGGAUGUCUUUUCUGCAGCUUCAUCACCAAGCUAAAGAGAAAUGUCAGGAAAUUUGGGACAGACAAUUUCAGUCACUUUCUGCCAUAGACGGUGAUGACAAUGGCAGUGAUACAGAAGCCAAGAGCAAUUUGGACUCGUUUGCUGGGGAUCUUGAAAACUUACUGGAUGCUGAAGAAUUUGACAAUGAAGAUGUUGGUACUGCAGAUCUGAGAAGUGAUAAAGGAGACGAUAUGGAAGGGCUUAAAAUGAGAAAAGGCUCUACUCAAGUCCAAUUUAACAAGGAAAAUCAAGAUGAUCAGGCAGAAGCUGCUCUAGUAAAAAAAUUGCUCGAAGAGAGUGGUAAUGACAUAAAGAGGAAGAAAGAACCUGUGGAAAUGACAAAUUAUGGCAUCUCUAUGUAUAACCAUUAA